GAGGGAAAAAACCAUCACGAAAAAUCCUACGAUGGCAUGAAGUGCUUCUAUUCUGACGACGCAAUCUUGAAAGCCAGAAAUGGCAUGCAUAGCCCCGGGCCUUACCGGUAUAGGAAAACCUCUUCACAAAUGCGGCGCGAUAUUCCUUCUACUUUUCGACCAACAUUAUAGGAAUGUAGGCGAAGGCUUCGUAAUGGACAACAUAGGGAAAAGGGGCACGGAGGUCUUCUGAAGUGUACUCAGACGUCACAAUAAAUAUAUCAAGGUGAUACACCUCCACAAGAGUUUAACAUUUUCAUUCUCAUCACCCAAAACAAUCAAUCACCCACGAUUCAACUCAUCGCCUCAUCUUACACAUUUAUAUCUUCUCACAUUUGCACAUCUUACACUCAAGUCGCCUUCAUCUUCAAAGGCAUUUCAAUUCACUCCAAUCAACAAACAAUCAUCCCAAAAUGCACUCCUUUAACUUCCUCGCUACCGCCGCCCUGGCCUUCGCCAGCGGCUCUCACGCCUGGCUCCUAGAGUUCUGGGAGACCCAACCUUUGUGCAGCAAGCCAGUCGGGUCGGUAGCAGACACCACCCUCGGCGGUCUGCCAGGCCAGAACAAUACAUGCAUGACACUCUUCCCAGGCAUCAGGGCGAUGAAGAUCUCUGACUGGGAAGCUUCAAUUCAUACCUCUACUCCCCAACCCAUCCAUCUUUCAUUCUAACUCAUUUCUGAUAAACAGGGACAAUGAAUGCGUCGUCAACUUCUACUCCGCCAACGACGGCCACAGUCUUUGCUCCGGUAAACCAGUCUGGAGCAAGAGCAAGGAGGACAUCGAUGCCGAGGGUAUACUGGUGGAAGACUCUAUGGCUUGUAUUACUGGUCUCUCUCAGUAUGAAACGGACCUUGCGGCUUACAUCUGCCCUCCUGGAGCCGGCGCUUCGGACGAUGACGCGUGAUCGGUUCUAUCUGGUCGACAUGAUUUAGGGAAAUUGGGAGAUUUGUAUUUGAGAUACGUUUACUUGAUUUAUUUUUCUUCUGGGUUCGGUUGGCAGUUGAGGAUUGGUUUGGUUAGAGCCUGGGGUGUGCUUUGGUUUAUGCAAUAGGAACAUUAUUUUGUGUUACGAAUCACUGAUCUUGCAAAUGCUCUUAUUUUACAUUGCUGAUAGAAGAUAAAUCGCGCAAAUGCCUAGUUAUUUCCU